UGUCAUAUAGCCGGAAUAUAGCUGAGUGAGGCGUUGAACAAGAAACAAAUCAAAUCAAAUGUUGACCUUGUGCUGUGUACUAUCAGUUGUGCUCACGGUCAGUGUCCUGGUGAGAGCAGUUGUACCACCGCUGUAGUCACUGUGUACUUCACAUGGGAAUUUCUGUAGUUACUGAUAUAGUAAAGCCUUAUCAUCCUAACAUGACCUGGCUUUUCCUGUUUGGAAUUAUUACAGUUUACAAGUGCUCGGUGGUGACAGAUAGCAGCCCCCCCAACAACAUGGCAAAGGAAAACGGAAGCAGACCUAAAGAUAUUCCAUUGAUUGCGCAACCAGAAGAUGAGGCUGACGCCAAGACAGGACCAUCCCCCAUAGAUAAGCUGUCCCCUCAGACUCAAUUCAACCUGGACUCGAUGGUCGAAGUACUAGCGUCUGGAGAAGCCCGUCUUAUUAAAGAUGAAAUUGGACAGGUGCAAGUGGUCUACAAAGACACACGAAAUGUUCCCCUUCUGAGCUAUGUGGACAAGUCACGAAGCAAUGUUAUACAUGUAGCCAAGACUGACAAAGAUCGCCAGAAUCAGCUGACAGUGUGCUUACAAAUGAUAGACUUCAUCAAGACCAACAGGGCCCCGAAAGGUGUGGACUUUGAUCAGACAAAGACCAAACUCAGCUCAACUGGUAAAUACCGUGAAGGUCAUGAGUUCACCAAAGAGCUGAAGGACAUCCUUGGUAAGGGAGCCACUGCUGGAGAUAUAGUGGUUGUCAAGGACAACAAGACCGGCACCGAGCAUGCUCAGAAAACAGUGAUGAUUUCCGACUUCCGCACUGAAGAGGUUCGGGCAUGGGUGGAUCUAGGGGAGCUAACAAUGGAUGGAGAACCCUUGUGUCCAGCUCUGUACUGUUUCUACCUGCAAGAUAAUGAGAUCUUCUUCCACAUGGAAAAGCUGGAUAGAGCUAUAACCCUUCGAGAUGUUAUUGACAGUCAUAUGCAGAAGAUACGAGAGAAAGAGCCAAGUCUAGUCCGUCCCUUCUCGCUCUACAUCUGUCAUGGACUUCUGUCUGCUGUCAGUCUCAUCCACGGCAAGAACUGGACACAUCGAGAUCUGCACGGAGGAAACGUUAUGGUGCAGGAGACUGACCAAAAGCUGUCCCUGAAGGUGCUGGACUUUGGGAAGGCUAAUCCCCUGCAUGGGGAAUCUUAUGACCUGCGAGGGGAACAGGACGACAUCUACCAGGUCAUCCGUCUCUUCAGCGCCAUCUAUGUCGGAGACGAGUUUGAAAGUGCCAAGCACAUGAAAGACAGUUAUGGGCAAAGUGAGCUGAUUGCAACAUUAUCUGCAGAUGAUAAAACAGAGAUGUUUCAGCUGAUAGAUGCAUUAUUGAGUGUCGCUGAGAGUAAGAACAAAAUGGGUGAUGCCAUAAAGGAUAUAGAAACAAAGAUGAAGAGCACAGAUAUCGAUGACAUGCUGAAGAAAGUGGCAGCUCUUCUGUUCUGUGAAGCUGAUUACAAGUCCAUACAUGGCGACGACCUGGGAGUGAAGUCGGACGGGGGAGUGGAUGUUUGUGAUUCAGUCACUGAUCUGAGCGAGAGAGCUGCAAGCGUCCCUGAUGACUUCAUCAGCAAACUGCGUCUUGGGAUCAAUGUCCGAAACCUGUGCUAGAUAUUCACUGCUCAUGCCAUCGCCUGCAGGCUGGGAUUCCUGUCCUUCAACAAACUGAUGUCAAGAAGAAAAUAAUUAAAUGCAGCCAGGCUGCAGUAUUUCUUGACUACUUCAGUUAGAAUAGAAUCUUGUCUACUUGAAGUAGCCAAGGAAAAGUCACUGAAGGUGGCCACGUCCUGAGGCCAGGGAAAACGUUAAUGAAAAGAUCUUACCACUCAGACUGUUGUAACUCCCAUACUUUGAAAUAGACUAGUCAUAGCUCUAGUCAGUACUUGGAAGUCUAUGUUUCAAGAGUCACAGGUCAUUUAACAACAGUCAUAGGUCCAUGUUACAACAGUCAUAUUUCCUGUAACAACAGUCACAGGUCCAUGUUACAACAGUCAUAUUUCCUGUAACAACAGUCACAGGUCCUGUAACAAGUCAUAGGGUCUGUAACAAGUCAUAUUCUCAUAAUUCUUACAACGGUCAUAUGUCUAUGCUACAGCAGCCCUAGGACUAUGUAACAGCAGUCCUAGGACAUAAUGUUUGAUAUGCAUUACUUAGACGUUGACGGAUGACAAGGAAGACACGAU